UUCUUCUUCAACUCCUCUCUCUCUAUCUCUCUUCAUCUUCCCUCGUCUUCUUCUUCUUUCUUAUGGCGACAACAAAUAUCGAAGAAUCCUCAUCCGGCCAAAUGAAAUUAAAGACAUGGGUGUUGAAGGUUUCAAUUCAUUGUAAAGGCUGCCAAAAAAAAGUUAUAAAACUUCUCACCGGUGUAGAAGGUGUUCAUAAAUUAGACGUAGAUUUGAAACACCAGAGUGUCAUAGUCACCGGAAAUGUCGACGCCAAUACCUUGAUCAAUAAACUCAUUAAGUCCGGCCGAAAUGCUGAAUUAUGGUACCAAAUAUCAAAUCAGAAAAACAAGCAGAAUAACUCCGGUAAAGACAAAAGUACCGAUGACCUUCCGACCGCCCAAUGCGAAAUUGUCGCCGGAGACGACAAACAGAAAGAAAAGCCGGCGCUUGAAAAAUCCGAUGCAUCCCAGGACUCUGGUAGCGAAAAUCCGGCGACGGCGGAGCGUAGUGAAGUCGCCGGUGAUACAACGACCGAUUCCGCCGGAAAAGUGAAAGCGGUGAAGGAAGAUAAAUUGGUCGAUGUCGGAUCGGAAAGUACGGCGACGGUGACGGCGACGGAGAAAAAUAAUCACGGCGAGGAUGGGGAGGGUAAAGUUAGUAAAAAGAAGAAAAAGAAGGGGCAGAAUGGUAAUAACAACUUAGUUGAACAGGAACGACAGGUAGAAUCACCUGUUGAUGAGGGACCACAGAAGAACAGUGUAACCCCAGUAAUAGCCAAUAAUAUUCGUCCACGUCAUCCUCAAGAACAUGCUCCACCUGUUUACGUAAUGAGUUAUAACAUGGCUUCCACAGCGCCUACGACGUCGUAUUACGCCGGUUCGCCCAUGCCUAAUCAGUACAACUAUCAAGAACCGGAGAGAAUGGUGGCUCCACCGUCCGAUCUAGAGUGCUACUCUAGGCAGCCGUUGGAUUCAUUUGAAAUGUUUAGUGAUGAAAAUCCAAAUGGAUGUUCAAUUAUGUGAAAUGGGUUGUGCUCUAUUAUUACUUGUUUUAAGUAUAAAAUUAAUUAACAAAUGUUAAUUGAUUUUGAUUCCUUUAAUAUAGUUUGCACCUUAAUUUUUAUUUA